UAUGGCGUGUAGUAGAAAUGUCAAUGGAGGCUCGUUCUAGUUCAGCUCUUUUUAAAAGGGCCGAACAGUUAAGGCGAUGGGAAGAAUCAGAAACUAAUCGUGAAUCUACUGUUGUUCCUGAAAAGUCCAGAAAAAUUAAGUUUUCCGCGGAUUGUGUGUUUUUAGCUGCAUGUGCAGCAGGUGACAAGGAGGAGGUUUUACGUUUGCUGGAACAAGGAGCUGUGAUUGACACAGUAAACGUUGAUGGAUUAUCUGCUUUACACCAGGCUUGUAUUGACGACAACCUAGACAUGGUUGAGUUCCUGGUGAAGCAUGGAGCAGAUGUCAACAAAGGAGACAACGAGGGGUGGACGCCUCUACAUGCUACGGCCUCUUGCGGCUUCAUCAGCAUAGCCAAGUUCCUGAUAGAGCACGGGGCCAAUGUGGCGUCAGUCAACAAUGACGGUGAACUGCCAGUGGACAUUGCAGAGUCCGACGAAAUGGAGGAUAUGCUGCAACAACACAUAGACGAGCAAGGCAUAGACUGUGACGAGGCCCGCAAUGAGGAGGAGCGUAUGAUGUUGAAGGAUGCAAGGGAGUGGUUGGCGAUGGGAGAGAUACGUGAGGAGUUACACAGCAAGACAAGAGCAUCUGCGUUACACGUGGCUGCUGCCAAGGGCUACAUCAAUGUCAUUGAACUACUGCUGCAGGCGGGUGCUGAUGUAGACACUCAGGAUGCCGACGGUUGGACUCCCCUACAUGCAGCAGCCCACUGGGGUCAAAAGGAAUCAUGUGAAAUGCUGAUUCAGCAUAUGUGCGACAUGGACACUAAAAAUCUUGUUGGUCAGACAGCCUUUGACGUGGCAGACUCGGAGAUGGUGAAGGUGCUGGAGGAACUGAGGAAAAAACAAGAAAGUUUAAGGAGAGAGAAGGGAGACCUGAUCAUCAACAAGCGGCACAGUCAGAGGAUAUUAGAAAAGGCUAAAGAGAAGGAACGACAAAUGAAUGAGGAAAAUACACCUAUUGAGAUCGUGCCUCAAGUACAACUGAAGAUCCAACCUGAACCUAGUGAAGACAGCAGAGUUGCUGCAUUAGAAGACGAGGAAAGUGAUGAUGAUGACACAUCUGAUUCAUUGGAUAGUUCCUAUGAUGAUGAUGAUGAUGACUCUUUAAGUUAUGAUAUUUAUGAGGAGGAAAAGAACAACAGAGUCAACAGAGACGAACAGACUAGGAUACAAAAUUCAACAGAAGUCGCAAAACAAGUUCCUAUUACACCCGCUCCCAGUUCGCCGCCCAAGCAAGGCACAGCGGAGAAUGACGACUCAGUGACUCCUUCUUGGAGGCGACCAGGCUCCUUCAGAAGUAGAGGCGGAGGAGAUUUAUCUAACAAGACACUACCUCUGAGGAUAGGUGAGAAUGAGCCAGCAGAGAAGAUAACCUCUCCUACAGGACCUCCCCGAGUCAUCGCUCCGGAGGAGAAGGACAAGGAGAUCGGUCUGAGGCGCACACAGAGCUUCGAGGCGGACGAAAAGUUCUACCGCCGCUACCUGGAGCUGAGAGCCAAGAUCAAUGCAGGGACGUCGUGUCCCACGCUGCAUCCCCCGCACACCCCCGGUCGCACCCCCACACGCUCCGCCUCGCUCAAAGAGAAGUGCUUCCCGAGGAGGGGAUUGGUGCGAGAGGACACUCGGUUGCCACUUCCCCCCUCCACCCCAGCUCUAGUCAUCCCUCCCACCUCUACAACAACCUCCCCCUCUGCUACUACCCCUACUUCCUCUCCCUCGUCAGCUCCGUCCACACCUACGUCAACGUCCAGCCCACAAUCUCAUCCUAGCAUACGCAGCGGUGUAAUGGCCAUGAUCACCGGAAGCCCUUUGCAGACCCCUACCACUCCUACAACUCCCGGGGGUAGCAAAUUAAGUCCCGGAAACAUCUUUAAAAAUUUCUUCAAAUCGUUUGUGCCGCCGGUGCGAGACGAGGAGAGUGAAACACAGCGUAAGGCGCACGCCAAGCGAGUGAGAGAAACACGGCGGUCGACGCAAGGAGUGACACUGGAGGAGAUCAAAUCUGCAGAACAACUGGUGAAGAAGAAGCAACAACAACAGCUGCAGCAGGCAACUCAACAACUGAGCGGCAGCGAUCAGUCGCCGGACAGUGAAGAGCCGCUACACAUAACUGCCACAAUCACGACGGCGGAACCUACAGUGGCACAGUCGGGCGAGCGCCGGCCCUCGUGGCGCCUCCGUGUAGACAACGGCAGCAAGUUCAUGUUGGAAGACGCAAGAACAGAGCCGAGCAGAGCGUCCGCCCCCGCACUGGAGGCAGCUCUGAGACGUCCCUCGGUCACCACUACCCCUCGCCCUGCCUCAGACCCUGCGGAUACAUCCGUCACACUGCCACUGAGACGACCCUCUCGUCCACCUGAUGACAAAGAUCAAGACAAGGAAAACGACAUCAGGAACGCUCAGGCAACCCAGGCUGUGAUCCAGCGAAGAAGAAGACCCAAGAGAAGAUCAACAGGAGUGGUCCAUGUUGACAUGGAUGAGAUUGAUCCUGACAGACAGGACAAUGCUGGUGGAGUCGAUGGUGAAGACGUUCAUGUCAACAAUACAGAGAGUGGAACCGAGAGAUCAGGCAGAUCUUCAAGGCUAAGUUCAUCAACCGAUGGUGAAGCAACUGCCAAUGGAGAGAUCGAUUAUAAGAAGCUUUAUGAAGAAUCUCAGCAAGAAAAUGAAAGGUUAAGGGAGAAAUUGAAAAAAACAGAAGAAGAUCUCAAGGAAUCCAAAACGCAAGCAGAAAAAAAUGCUUCUCCUGGAAAAAAUUCCAUGUCAGAAAUGGAAAAGCGUGAAAGGCGAGCUUUGGAGAGGAAGCUUUCCGAAAUGGAAGAAGAACUCAAGCAAUUACAAAAGCUCAAAGCAGAAAACGAAAGAUUGCGAGCGGAAAACCGAGCGUUGACUCGUGUUGUGUCCAAACUUACUGCCUCUGCGAAUGUCGGCAAAUAGCUAAUUGAAAAGCUGAAAUGUGAAAAUCAGAAGCUGAAGGAUGAGAAUGGAGCUUUAAUAAGGGUGAUCAGCAAGUUAUCCAAGUGAUGGGUGGUACCAACACGACAACUCGUAUUUUCCCUUCGCUCGGUUUUAUUUAUUUAUUAUAGUCUAAUUGCUAUUAUGUUUAUUGAAUACCUGGCAUCGUUCGGGCCGGUUAGGUCCAUGGCCGUUACCAAACGUUGUAUAUAGUUUCCUAUGAGAGUUUAGUACUACAUACAUGUAUACAUUUGUUUAUUAAUUUUUAUAUAAAAAUUAUUACAUAAGGCCAGUGACUACCACAGUGUCUUGAUAUCAGUGUGAUAUAAAAUAUCACAAACCAAAACAAUUGAUUGGUUCGUUAGUCAAAGAUUAGAGGAAAAACUACGUAUUAAUUUUGUGAUUUUAAAAGUAGUGUAUGAUUAACAAUGGAAAAUUCAGUUAUUGGCUUGAAGCAUUUCACCAGCAUUUAAAUAUUUAACUAGCUUUAAUUCAAAUUUUAAAUCAUUCCUGUAGCUCUCUGUAGAAUUAUGGUAUGAUUAACUGGUCAAAAUAUAAACACAUUAGCUUUGAUAAAAUAUCAAUUAUGAAUCUAUUCUAUUAAAAAUGUGUAUUAUGUUUUUUGCUCCUUAACUGGUUGAUGAUCACACAAAAAAUGAACAGCUAUAUUAAAAAGAGAUGGAGUUUCCAAUUUUUCAUUAUUAAUUCAAUUAUAUAUUUUGAGCAGAAAGCAAAAUUUGAAAUACUAUACUCCAAAAACUUUGUUCUGGGUUCAACAUAACAUGUUUUUAUUGUUUUUACCAGUCCUCUGUAUUACUUGGAUUAAAUAAGUAGUGUUAUAAUAGCCUCAACUAUCUACAUUGAAAAAAUAUAAUUACAAACUAGCAAACUACCGUCACAUUCACUGAUCUUGCUAAAAUACAUUGGAAACCAACAAGAGAGGUUGAUUGUGAAGCUUUGGUGAUUUUAUCAUCUUAAUAGUUUUCUCUUCCACAUACAAUGUGCACUUUAACAGAGAUACAAAUUACUAUUUCAAGCUAACUACACAAUUUUGAACAGUGACGUAUCCCAAAAUCUUUAAAAACUAUUUUUUAAGGUCUAAUUUUUAUUUUUGAUCUAUAAGUUCAUGGUACUAGGUACUUGAGAUUUCCCUCCAAGCGACUUCAUAAGAACAUCACUGAAGUAUCAGUUGUAUAUAAGUGAAAAAUAACAUGUAUAGUUCUUUAGCUGUUUUACAUAUCAGAAUAUUAAACUAACAUCUUCAUAAUUUAAAAGUUCAACUUAUUCUUCACACUUAAAUAUUUCUAAAUUUUAGCCCAUUGCAUGAAAGUUAGGUGUCGUCCAUAAAAUGUGCUUGUUGAAUUUUGAUAGACCUGAUCAAUUUUUGUAAAUAAUAGCAUUGUGCACAAUCUUCCAAUAACAUUGAAUAAUAUGUUUAGUACAUUUUAAACGUAUGGACAAUAAGGUUUAUAUUUAUAACCAAGUAUCAGCCUAAAAUAUUAGUUUCAUCUGUUACUGGUAUCUAUUUAAAAAUUUUAUAAUCGUACAUUUUGUUAUUAUCCGAAAUUUAUUUAAUGUGAAACUAUAAUUAAAAUCUCUUUAUGUUAUAGAACAGGGAACACCAGCAAAUAAACAUUUAUUGCAUGUAAUGAAAAUGAGGAGCAAAAACUAGGUUUUAGUGUUAUAACACAGCAGCUAGUAGGAACAAGAGUAAAAUGACAGAACAUGGGUAAUAAUUAUGGUUUAAUUUAUUCUAUACAAUAGUUUUAUUAUUUCGUUAAAUUAUUCUGUGUUUGUAUUCGUUUUAUUUUUCAUUUUAAGCUUUUGUGUGUAUUUGUAGGUCCAAAGUAAAUGUUUAUUUUCUAGUCCUUAGGUUUUAUACCUGUUCGAUUGUAGAUAGAUACAACAGUUAAGACUAUUUGGGGUUAUGAGGGACUUUUUUUGUACAUCUUAGUGCAAUACUCGUCUUAAAACUAUUGUUAAACUUGUAUAGCAAGUUUGCAAAUAGCACUCGUUAAAACAUUUCACACCAUUUUAAUAAAUUCUUGUACAAAUAGAUGUCUGAUAUUUAAAUUCUUUACUGUUGUAUUUCUGCCGGUUAUCUUUUUUUACACCGGUAUCUUUUAAGGUUAAAACGAUGUGCCUUUUGCUUCAUAUAAGUUGAAAACUCUUUGUCUAUAUUAUUGUAUAUCUUGUAAAAUUAAGAGUUUUAGUAAAUUUUAUGUGGCUUUGUUAUUUCAAUAUGCAAAUAAAAGUCGAGAUUUGUUUAA